UACGAAGCAUGAAUCUGAGAAUACUCUUGUUUCAGGGCUGACGGCUGAUGCCAGAAUAGUUAUAAAUAGAGCUCGUGUGGAGUGUCAAAGCCACAGGCUUACAGUGGAGGAUCCCGUCACCGUGGAGUACAUCACACGUUACAUUGCUAGCCUGAAGCAGAGAUACACACAAAGCAACGGUCGCAGACCUUUUGGUAUCUCUGCUCUAAUCGUGGGAUUUGACUUUGAUGGAACCCCCCGGCUGUACCAGACCGAUCCCUCUGGUACAUACCAUGCCUGGAAGGCUAAUGCCAUUGGCAGAGGAGCCAAAUCUGUGCGUGAAUUUCUGGAGAAAAACUAUACUGAUGAAGCCAUUGAAACAGAUGAUCUAACUAUUAAGCUUGUCAUCAAGGCUCUCCUUGAGGUUGUGCAGUCUGGUGGGAAGAACAUUGAGCUGGCGGUUAUGAGGCGAGAACAGCCGCUGAAGAUCCUAAACCCUGAAGAAAUUGAGAAGUAUGUUGCUGAAAUUGAAAAAGAAAAGGAAGAAAAUGAAAAGAAAAAGCAGAAGAAAACAUCAUGAUGAAUGAAAUUCAGCUGCUUAGCUGCUUCUUUUUAAUUCAAGUGAUGGGCUAUUCUGUAUAGACAACAUGUAGGCAUUCCACUUAUUCAUACUGUGCCCCUCUUGAGACCUACAAUAAACCUACUGAUUUUUUUUUAAAGCUGUUAUUUUAAAAAAAAAAAAAGCU